ACUGUCAAAUUUGCUUGCGCUGACGUGUAGCUCGUUUGUUGAAAAAUUGUAAAAGCCGAAAUCAAACUCAAUUUAAGCUUGUAAACGUUGAUAAAUCUCUCAAAAAUGACUUCCAUUGCAUCUGUGAUACCUAAGUUGUACCAAGAAUACACUACAAAGACAUCUAAAAAGCUGAAAAUCAUAGAUGCGUACUUGCUGUACAUCUUUCUGACCGCUGUGAUUCAGUUCGUGUACUGCUGCCUGGUCGGCACCUUCCCCUUCAACUCCUUCCUCAGUGGCUUUAUCUCCACCGUCAGUAGCUUCGUCCUAGCCGUGUGCCUGCGCCUGCAGGUGAACCCGGAGAACAAGAGCGAGUUCAGCGGCAUCUCGGCGGAGCGCGGCUUCGCGGACUUCAUCUUUGCUCACCUCGUGCUGCACAUUGUUGUUGUCAACUUCAUAGGAUAGUCUACUUGUAGGAUUAAAUUUUAAUAUGUAUUUGUAAUAACACUUUCAGUCUGAUUAAACACCUUACAACUA